AUGGCAGCCUCACUUCAAGCAGCUGCUACUCUCAUGCAACCUACAAAGCUGCGUAGCAACACUUUGCAGCUUAAGUCUAACCAAUCUGUUUCUAAGGCCUUUGGUUUGGAACACUAUGGAGCUAAGGUUACUUGUUCCCUUCAGUCUGAUUUCAAGGAGUUGGCUUACAAGUGUGUUGAGGCUUCUAAGAUUGCAGGAUUUGCUCUUGCCACUUCUGCUCUUGUUGUCUCUGGAGCAAGUGCAGAAGGUGCUCCGAAGAGGCUAACUUUCGACGAAAUCCAAAGCAAGACAUACUUGGAAGUCAAAGGAACAGGAACAGCAAACCAAUGUCCAACCAUUGAUGGAGGAGUAGACUCAUUCGCCUUCAAGGCAGGAAAAUACAACGCCAAGAAACUCUGCCUCGAACCAACUUCAUUCACAGUAAAAUCAGAAGGCGUAACCAAAAACACUCCACUCGCAUUCCAAAACACCAAGCUCAUGACGCGUUUAACCUACACGCUCGACGAGAUUGAAGGGCCCUUCGAGGUUUCAGCAGACGGGAGUGUGAAAUUCGAGGAGAAAGACGGAAUUGAUUACGCUGCAGUGACCGUUCAGCUUCCUGGAGGGGAGCGUGUUCCGUUCCUUUUCACCAUCAAGCAGUUGGUAGCAUCAGGGAAACCUGAUAGCUUCAGCGGCGAGUUCUUGGUACCAUCAUACAGAGGAAGCUCCUUCUUGGACCCAAAGGGAAGAGGUGCAUCUACCGGUUAUGACAACGCGGUUGCGUUGCCAGCCGGUGGAAGAGGUGACGAAGAAGAACUUGGAAAGGAAAACAACAAGAGUGCUGCAUCAUCAAAAGGGAAAAUCACACUGAGUGUUACUCAGACAAAGCCUGAGACUGGUGAGGUUAUUGGUGUGUUUGAGAGUAUUCAGCCAUCUGAUACUGAUUUGGGAGCAAAAGCUCCAAAGGAUGUUAAGAUCCAAGGUGUUUGGUAUGCUCAGCUUGAAUCAUAG